CGAAAAAACCCGUUUCUUCGUCAAGAUGUGAGAAUGUAGCAACUGCGCUGCUUGUUUGUCAGUAAGCCCACACAUCGCAACUUUGAUAUUCACUAAUUGGGUAAUUAAUCUGCCGGACACUUAGGGAUAAUGUACGCGUAUUUCCAUCUAUAUAUAUGCGAAUAAGGAUUAACAGUGUGGGGACAAUUUCAACGUUGAUGAACCUUCAGUUGUGUUGUGGAUCCGAUUUCGAGUGAAACUGGACCUGAGCAUAUUCAGAGUGUCUGACCAUCCUGACAUUGCCUACAGUAGGAAGUUCGGUGCCUGUUGUAGGCUGUACAUGUUUGUUCCCGAUCAGUGAUUCCUUAUGCCUGAUAGAAGCUGCACCCUGUGUCUUACAGGAUGGAUGGUGUAGACUUAAAGAGACUUGUGUAUCAACAACAGCACUCUGUGUUUUGCUGUGGUGUUCAAUCUUUUACCAUUUACAAGAGAACACCUCCCAUCCCACACCUCCAGUCUCUGCACUAUAUAUAUAAGGAUUGUCUUUGAGCAAUAAAGACAGACAGAGAUAGUUGUAAGACUUUCUGUCUUUUUUUCUUUUUGAAGCACAGAUCAAUACUGCUUAUAUAAGCCUAUAUGGUGGACAUGGAAGUAUCCUUAUUUUAAUUUUUCAGUUAUUGUACCCCCUUACUCUUAGUGUGGGUGGUGGGAUGUCGGAAAAGCCAGACGACAAAAUGGUGAAGUUCCUGGCUCCCCCUCAGAAGAGUGGAAAUGGCCCCAGUUCUGGUUCAGAUUCGAUGAUGAGUGAAUCCCGGCCAGCAGAAGUGAGACGCCGGCAUCACACCAUGGAACGUGAUCGAUGUAACCCUGAACACCGUUUCUUACGCCGCAGUGUCAUCAGUGAUUCCAAUGCUACGGCAUUGGCCCUCCCUUUACCCAGUAAGAUCCCCAUCCCCGCACCUCAACGAGUUCAGCCACGGGAAGCUGUCCAUCAGCGGCAACAGGUUUCUGUUGCUGCUCAUUUGCCACGGGCUAAAUCAAGUUUAGCUCAAAAUGAAGAGUCUGUUGAUAGUGGAAGAGGAGGAGGUGGAGGAAAAGAUAUAGAAAUAGCCAAGGUAGAUGUAGUGCCUUCAGAGCAGGAGCCUGCCUUCGUACAAGAUAUCUGUGAUAGAGAGGCGGUAGCCGCCUGCUCCGCACCAGACUUAGGAUUGGAAUUGCCAAGUCAAACGGAACCGGAAAGCACCACUGAGGUGAAGGUACACCAUGAAGAAGAGGGGGAGGAAGACGAUAAGGACUCUGCCAAGGCGCGAGCAGAAGCAGAGCAGAGAGAAGCCGAGAAAAAAGUGCAGGACGACAUUGAAGAGGCAGAGACCAAAGCAGUGGGAACAUCACCAGAUGGGCGUUUCCUGAAGUUUGAUAUAGAAAUUGGACGUGGCUCCUUCAAGACUGUCUACAAGGGCUUGGACACCGAGACCACAGUGGAGGUGGCUUGGUGUGAGCUGCAGGAUCGUAAGCUGUCAAAGUCAGAGAGGCAACGCUUUAAGGAGGAAGCGGGGAUGUUGAAGGGACUACAGCAUCCCAACAUUGUCCGCUUUUAUGACUCCUGGGAGGGACCCUCCAAAGGCAGGAAGUGCAUUGUACUGGUCACUGAACUCAUGACUUCUGGCACACUUAAAACAUAUCUGAAGCGGUUCAAGGUGAUGAAAAUUAAAGUUCUGCGGAGCUGGUGUAGACAAAUCCUCAAGGGGCUCCACUUCCUUCAUACUCGGGCUCCCCCUAUCAUCCACAGGGACCUUAAGUGCGACAACAUUUUCAUCACAGGCCCAACAGGAUCCGUCAAGAUUGGAGACUUGGGACUGGCCACACUCAAGCGUGCGUCAUUUGCCAAGAGUGUUAUAGGUACCCCUGAGUUCAUGGCGCCUGAGAUGUAUGAGGAGAAGUACGACGAGUCAGUGGAUGUGUAUGCCUUUGGAAUGUGCAUGCUGGAGAUGGCCACCUCAGAGUACCCUUACUCAGAGUGCCAGAAUGCUGCACAGAUCUACCGCAGAGUUACCAGCGGGGUGAAGCCGGGUAGCUUUGACAAGGUGGCCAUUCCUGAAGUGAAGGAGAUCAUCGAAGGAUGUAUUCGCCAGAACAAGGAUGAGAGGUACUCGAUCAAGGACCUUCUGAACCAUGCCUUCUUCCAGGAGGACACAGGAGUACGUGUGGAGUUGGCAGAAGAGGAUGAUGGAGAGAUGGAGGCUAUUAAGCUGUGGCUGAGAAUUGAGGAUGUGAAGAAACUCAAGGGGAAGUACAAGGACAACGAAGCUAUUGAGUUUUCUUUUGACCUCAACAAAGACGUCCCAGAAGAUGUGGCUCAGGAAAUGGUUGAGUCUGGUUAUGUGUGCGAAGGUGACCAUAAGACCAUUGCGAAGGCCAUAAAGGACAGGGUGUCUCUAAUCAGUCGGAAGAGAGCACAGCGGCAGCAGGUCAGGGAGGAUCAAGAGAAGAGAAGACUGGAAGAAGAACAGCAGAGUCAAUUGCUGCCAGCACAGCAACCAGCCCAACAGGCAAGCCCGGAGGUGCCUCAGUCCCACCCAGUGCCACAGCCUGCAACUUAUGUGUCUCCACAACCAAACCAACACAGCAUGCAGAUGUCCACCCAACCUGCAUCUCAGCAGAGCCUUCAGUGCUCUAACUACAACACACCUCAAUCAACCCAACUGAGCGACAUGGCACAGGGGGUCCCUUUUGUUCCCCACUCAACUGGGCAAGUUCCACUUCAGGGCCAGAGCGUGGCCACCAUCCAGCCAGAGUCAGAGGAGCCUGAGACUGACCAACACCAACAACUACAGCACACUGGAGGAGCCAGUCAUAUGGGAGACAGACUAUCUGGUUCCACCGUCCUUCCCGAAGCCCAGCCUCCUCAAGGAGUAUCCUACAGCUCCCCUCCCAGUCAGCACCUUCAGCCCCAGGUGUCAUGCCCGCAGACACAAAAUGACCAGACGCAACAGCAGCAGUUGUCAGCGGUUCAAGCCCAGAUGCAAGGGAUCCAGCCUGAAGUUGUUCCUGUUACGCCCAGCAGCCAGUCUGUUCCAGUGGCACUUCCACAGUAUGGAGUUUACUACCAACCAUCGCUUCCCCCUCAGAUCCCCCCCCAGCAAGUGAUGAUACCCCCAUCCUCUCAGUCGUCUCCCCCCCAACAGCAGCAGACAGAGAGCAGUUCUACUCAUCAGAGCUCUACAGUACCACAGGCACAGCCUGGAGUUCAGCAGCUACAGGCCUCUGUGAGUGUUCCUCAGUCAACACCAGUGGAGCAGCCGGCAGGAUCCCCUGCUCUGGUGCCACAAUCUGUAGAAAGCUGCCUGUCGGAUGCUGCUUCAGGUCUCAGUGACGGCAAUGAUGGAAGUUCUACAUCAGGAGGUCGGCAUGAGGGGCGCUCACUGAAGCGUCACCAGCGGCGAUCCGUACGCAGCCGCUCCCGCCAUGAGAAGACUGCAAAGGCCAAGCUAGAUGUUCUCAGCAUCUCUAAUGUAGGAGACAGAGUAGCCGAGUGCCAGCUAGAAACGCACAACAGGAAGAUGGUGACCUUCAGAUUUGACCUCGAUGGAGAUAAUCCAGAGGAGAUUGCACAGAUCAUGGUUCAGAGUGAGUUUAUCUUGGAGAGUGAGCGGGAGUCCUUCAUUGAUCAGGUCCGUGAAGUCAUAGAAAUGGCUGAUGAGAAAAGAGGGGGCAUGAAGGAUGGCUUUCCCCAGAUGGGUGAUCUCCAGCAACAGCCUGAGCUGUCUGUUCCCAUGCUGCCAGGUAUUUCUCCCAGCACUACAGCACAGGUGGUGCAUUCGGCAGGACGAAGGUUCAUAGUCAGCCCUGUGCCAGAGUCUCGUCUUAGAGAACAGUUCUUUGGCGCUUCUUCUGCUAAUACCUCCUUUGGAGAUGAACCUGCCCCCGCUCCCUCCGUGACGUUGGGCCUUUCUCUGUCUGCUCCAUCUGGGACUCUCCAGCAGGCUUUCAGUAAAAUGAAGCAGGCUCGUGUAGAAAGAUGCAGCACCCUUGACCCCCCUCCUACUGAGCAAGAACCAGGCACUGUCCCGUCCACUGAGGCUGGACUCAGCCCAAACUCGAACAAUAUCCUGGCUCCGCCAGAAGUUGUUGCUCCCACCACUAGCACUACUUUUCCUGCUGUGUCUCUCACAUCUACUGCAACGUCCUCGCCACCUCCCUCAACUGGGAGGGUUUCCCCACCACCUAAUCAGUCCCAAACUCCAGCUGCCAUCGUCCCUCCCUCAACUUCCGUCCAAGCAGUACCUGGACCUCAGCUGAGCACAACUGUCUCUUCUGUAGUUAGUGUUACACCCAGUAGUACUGGCAUUGUCCCUGCUUCAGAGCAGCAGACUUUUAAUAGUGCUGUUACAUCUUCUCAACCUACGAGUUCGUCUAUCCAUGUGCCACAGCACUCAACCGCCCAGUGUCAGCCUGUCCCCAUUUCUGCUCAGCCCCCUCCUCCCAGCUCUUUACCCAGUCAGAGCCAGGUUCAGCCACAGCCAGUGGAGUCAGAGGGGGCUGAGCUCCAGACGAAGAUCGCUGGAAGAGAUGAUAUCCAAGCUCUAGAUAAGAAGCUACGGUCUCUCUUUCAAGACCAGAGCUCUGCCUCAUCCUCCUCGUCAGCGGAUCCUAGUCAGACUACUGACACAACCUCUCCUCCUACUGGGACUACUUCCCCCCCACCUGGAGCCGCCCUGGUACCCCCAUCUAACCUUCCCCUCACCUCUGGGGUGCAGGGUGUGCUGGGCCCCACAGCCACCCCAGGACAGGGUGUCACCCCAGCAGGACAUGCACAGACACCUCCAACUAAGCAAAGGGCACAGACUUUACCUACUGGUUUUGAUCAAGCUGCUACACCUCCAUCUGACCUUGUACCCCCAUUUCCUGGACCAAAUCAGCAACCCUUGGGUAAUUUGGAUGCUGAGUUGAGGAGAGCUCUGAGCCCAGAGACUGUUCAGGGAGGUAAUAAUGUCCAACCUCCAGCAGCAAGUUUCACUCUGGGACGUUUCCAAGUGUCUGUUGCUACUGAUGGUGUGUCUAGCAGCAGUCCAGGUCCCUCGAACAUCGUUUCCCAUCCUCCCGUCACUGCGUCCUCUACUUCCUCCUCUACUUCCUCCUCUUCUUCCUCCUCUUCCUCCUCGUCAUCAUCUCCCUCCAGUCCAGAAAACACCCUCCACCGGCCACCCUCUCUGUCCAGAGGAACUUGUGUAACUGACGCUAUAAAUGGAGCAUCAUCUCUCUCUGCUGGUCCUGCCAGUCAGUCCACCACUAUUGGGCGCUUCAAAGUGUCCACGAGCACCAGUGCCACAUCUGGGCCAACCACCGGCUCUAAAGUGGGACGCUUUUCCGUCACAGUGACCCCAGCUCCAGCAGCAGGCUCCAGUCCAUCACAUGGCAGUGGAAUGCAGAAUGGGCCCUCAUCCUCAAUCUCUGAUCCUCAUAACGCACAUACCCAUUACAGUGGUGACAAUGACGACGACUCAGAGGACGAAGCUUUGCAGAAAGAAAUUAGCCGUCUCAGAGAAAAACACAUGAUGGAGAUCCAGGCCUUGCAGUCACGUCAGAAAGAGGAGAUAGACGCCCUGUUCACACAGAUGGGAAAACAUCCUCCUCAUUCCGUCUUUUCCCCUGCUGUGGCGAUGGCUGGAGGUCGACGUAGGCGCAAAAGCCACAGAUCUGCUCGCAGUAGUGGACAGCCCAGCCCCAUACACUCAGCCUCAGCUCAGAGUCUUCAUGGUUCAGAGUCCACUCCAAAGCAAAGUACACCAUCAGCAACAGAGGCAUCACAAGCAGUUAGCGGGUCAUCCAUACAGCCGCUCAGAUCCUCUCCAUCCAUGCCCAGCCUCAGUAGUUGUUCCACAGGAUCAAGUGGGACCAGCUCAACAAAUGGUUCAGGCCACUGCCAAAACCACUCUACUUCCCUGACCCAGGCGACUGGACCGACUCCUCAUAUCUCUCACACACAGAAGGGCAAGGGCACCUUCACCGAUGACCUGCACCAACUGGUGGAUAACUGGGCCAGAGACGCCAUCAGCCUCUCCCAGUGCAAGAAAGGUCCUAAAACUGGAGCACAGGCAGUGCUGGGACAUGAUCUUAUCCCUCCAGCCAGUAUGGGCCGUAAAUUCUCAGCUCCUGGCUACCUCUGCCCAACCCUUCCCACGCCUUCAAGUACCACAUCCACCAACACCACCCACCUCCCCAAUCCAGCCAAUCCCUCUGUCCCUUUGGGGCCUCGCAAAGGCUCUCUGGGCCCCGUUGCCCAGGGGUUUGGAUACGCCUCAGCCCCGUACAGUGCUCCUCAGUGGGCCGGACCCACAGGCACAUGCCAGGUCAGCAUGCUUAACCCCGGACAGCCACUAACACAGUACCAGCCACCCGCGACAGUCUCAGUGUCCCUGCACCAAGGCUACCACAUGGGAACCACACCAGCCCCCCAGAAAUCAGUCAGCCCCGGAGGGUCCAACCUGAGGCCUACGUAGCCUAGUCAGAGCCGUGGUCCAGGCUGAGAGCAAGGGCCACACAGAGUGGAGUGAGCAGACAGACGUUGAACGAGAACCACUAGCUCGCUUUGCUGGUUAGAUAGCUCGAUACUGUACUUUUCAUUUUUAUUUCAACAUUUAUUAUUUGUUUUCUCUGUAAUAGAGUUGACCUGUGUGGUUCAAGUCCUCUCGGGCAGAACGAAAUCUGACUGGCAAUUGGAGGGAGAGUGCAAUACACAUUCACAGCACAAGAGUCUCGCACUGCUAUUGGCUGUGGAAUUGAGCUGUGACGAGUUGGUUGGUCAUGUCUGGUGAUGUAAUCACCCACAGGCAUAACCAACAGCUGCCAAAGAUGUCUUGAAAGCAGACGUUGCAAUGUCAUCAUUCCUUUUGAAGAGGAAGGUAGGAGGGAUUCUGGUUCACAUCCUUACUGGUCCUGACAUUAAACCGAGCUGGGACUGAAGAAAGUUUAACUAAUACAACGCAAACAGGCACACGUGUGUGUACACACACACACACCUGACUAAACAUUAACCUGGUUAAGUGACUUUGGACGUUAGAUUAAGUUGUCUCAGAUAGUGAGGGAGGGAGUGUACAGAAAGUGGGAGAUCAGAGUGGGACAGUUGGCGUGUUCCAGAUGGAUUAGAAAAGUGUGACUGGUGGAGUUGGAAGAAGAAAGACAGAGUAAGUUAGGCAGGCAGAGUGUAAAUGAUGGGUUACAGUAUGAAUAUAUCCCACUGGGGACCUAUUAAGUAAAAUGCAAUAAUGGCAAAGAAUAGAUAAAUUGUCCCGCGUAAUUGUGGCCUUAAUCCCCAAAUACAUUUAAAACAUUGACUUUGUACAUAUAUUUCUUCACUGGGUUAUGAUUCCAUGUCUAGCAUAUUUAUGUCCCUGUGAAAGUCUGGUGUCAUUGUGACUUCAGUUGUCUGUACAUACAGAUUUAUUAUCAUACUCAUUUAUUCUUCACAUCUGAUAUGUAAGCCAGUAGAUCUGCCAUGUAGAAAAGCAUUGUCCUGGUGUUGACCACCAUUCAGAGUUUGAAACUAAGAGUUGAUGCUGCUGUAAAUCACAAUCUGGGUAGAGAAGUUUUUCUUUCUUUUUAACACAAGAACUAAAUCUUGAUAAGAACCCCAAGUCGACACAUCAUUUAUUGCUUAGCAACUGAGCUAUAAGCAGCUCAAAAUCUGUGAAUCGUACCACAAAUUUCCUCCCAGUUGUUUACACAGAUGGUGCAAAAUACACAGACAGGUUUUUGGUGAAGUCUUGGCAUGUUAAAUGUCUCCGCUCAUAACAUUUAGCAGUCACCUCUUAAAUCACAAGUGUCUGGGGUUCUCUCUUUCUGUGGUCUGUUUUUGUAAGCGUAUAUUUAAAAAAACAAAAAACAAAUGUUCUUUAUGGACCUGUAUUCAGCCAUCAGAUUUUGAUGUUGUUUCACUGUAAUUAUUAUUAAAGGUUGUUAAACAACAUGUAGUUAAAGGAAUAUAAAAAGUGCAAUUGCAGGGUUGUUGUUAAUUGGUAUCCUACCCACCACGCAGGAGUGAUCCUGCAGUUUAUUAAGCUCCUGUCUAUGACUGCCCUGCGCCCUUUUUCUAUUUUAUUGUAUAUAUGUUAAUGUGAGGUAAAUGCUUUCACGUAAUGCUCAGCCACUAGAGUAAGCCUGUGGUGAUCCACUCUUUCAUGCACAUGCACUCUAACCUGUAAACAUGAGGAACACUUUAGUGCCUUGCAUCCUCACUAAUGACAAGUUCCAGAUGCAUCUAGUCCUGUCGCUGUGACUGUAAUGCAGAAACCCAGCUACCUAAACCUGUACACGACAUAAAAAAUGCAACAAGCAUCCCCCGUAACUGUCACACGGCCAAGUCAGAGGACGUUAACACUAGACACCACACACAGGACUGCAGAACAAAGAGCACACUGAGUUAUGUGGCAAUGUUUCUUUUCUCUCUAGUUACAUUUGUGUUGGUUGUGUAAUCAGCUGUGUAUUUAUAUUUGGCUCAUGCGUACAUGGGUUUGGCUGACAUUAGUUUCUGUGGAUUUAUCAUUAAAUUGUUUCAUAGAAGCUCUUGUUCAGGCAGCAAGUGAGCUGUCAACUUUGGUCUCACCACCUCACGAGUGCCAUGCUGUCAUUGCGAUUCAUUCGCCUGCGUGUAGAUUGGACGAAUAGUUAAACUUCUCUAGAGAAAAAAUAAGUUACUGCAAUGCAGAAUAUGCAAUGUUUGAAGUUUUAAUGGGACUGAGGGGCAAUGAAAACAUUUGCAUGCUGAUGAGGGUCGUUACUGACUUGAGUGGUUUUGAUAUUGGAAUAUUAGAUCCUUUUUGUUUUUCUUCUUUGCCUUCUCAAGUCAUCACAAAGUGUUGAUCUGUUCAUUUGCCAUUCACUAGUAUCAUAGACACGACUUCACUAUCAGCAUAUGAUUUCUGCAUGAUGGCUAAACUAAUUUAAUCUUACAACUCACAACGGGCCAGUGUACGGCACAAGCUCACAACAAAGCUUAAGGUCUGUGUUACUAGGCUAAUAGCAGUAAUGAUCACAGACCAGUACUGUUUGAGGCUACUGACAACGCAGUAAUGUCUGUUGAGCUCUUUUAUCCCUCCUUACUGACUUCCUGUGAUUCAGUGUCUGUUUUGUGUAUGUUUUUCACAUUGUACAAAAUGUAAAAACAAAUAAAAAUAAUAUCAAAACAC